AUGGGCAUUCCACUGCCACCGAUAGUUUCCUUGAUCGGUGCGCCAAAUUACAAGAUUUCUAAGUGGCUGUUUUACCACUCACAGCCACGUAAAAAGAACUCCGAAAACUUCAUUGAAGAAUUAGAUGAGUUCCUAGACAAAUCAACAGGAGUGAGCGUUGCAUCCGACGAGAUAACGGUUUCAUUCAAUGUAGUGUCCAUCUUUACUUCAAUUCCAUUAGAUUUAGCGAGGCGCUGCACUGAAGAACUCCUUCAGGCCUACACCAUCGAUGUGCCUGCCGACGCUCUACUCCAACUACUCGAUACCUGUCUAGAAACCAACUUUCCUUUCGCCAAACAAUGUUAUCGACAACUGAAAUGUGCUUCUAUGGGUUCGCUUAUAUCUGGUUUUCUGGCAGAUGCCAUAAUGCAGAAACUGGAGUCUGUAUCUCUUCCUAAAAUUAACCCAAAAUUUUGGCUCCGCUAUGUUGAUGACACAGUUGUCAUUGCCAAGAAGAACCAAUUAGACCUGCUUCACACAAAUCUUAACUCCAGAUUUCCAAGAAUCAAGUUCACUUUCGAAACGGAGACUGAUGGAAAACUCCUAUUUCUGGAUGUCCUCCUACCUCGAAAACUGAUGGAUCCCUUCACACUUCACAUCAGAGGUCAUCCUACAUUUGAGAGUAAGCAUCCCAACUCUCACAAGAGGAGCAUCGUCUACAGCCUGCUAAAUCGAGAUGAAGAAAGUUAUCAAGCAGAAAUGAAAUACCUCUUAAAAUAAUUUUUCCACAAUGGGUACCCGCGCGACUUUGUACGUCAUUGUUUGAAUCAUGUGCUUAAACAGAAAAAUAUUUCGAAACUACGGCCACCCAGGCACCAAAAUCAUUCACCUGGCGGGCUCUCCCAUACGUGAAAAAUGUAUCUGCAUUCGUCUAAAGACAGUCGAAAAAGCAUCAGGAAAAAGUAUUACACCAACCGGCAACUACAUUGCGUACACAGCUUGUACACCCUAAGGACAGGUUUGGCUAUCUGAAUAAAAAAGCUGUUGUCUACAAUAUCCCAUGUUCCAGUUUGGAUGCCGUCUAUUGUGACCAGACUGGGAAAUCUGCCUCAACCCACAUACAUGAUAAUUAGUUAGCGGUGCAGAGACGAGAUCAACUAUCCCAGGUGGCUAUGCACACACUGGACACAAAUUUGCAUGGGAGAACACUCGCAUUGUUGGCACCUGCCCAAUAAGGAAAGGUCGCGAAUUCCUUGAGGCAAUGCACUCAGAUGAGGCAUGCAUCAAACAGCAUAUCGAUUCAGAUUCAACACACAAAUGUCUCAAGGAAAAUUGAAGCGAGCGCAACCAAUGCCGAAGGAAUGACGAAGAACCAUUAACGCAAAUUGGCGCAGGCUUCGGCCAACCAUACAAUCACUUGUUCGACACGGUUAAAUAGUUAACAAUUUUUGUACAUAGCCCAAAAGUAUGACUACGAGCUGAGGGAACCAGUCUCGCAAAUUUACGCAUUGAAGGUUAUUUUGAUCCCAAAGAAUCUCACUUACUUUCUGUAUAUACAUAUACAUAUGCAGAAUGGUAUUACCAACAAAGACAAGGGAGACUGGAAUGGCCAUUUCUGGCUUAUUAGCCGUCGUCAGCCAGUCAUAUCCAACACCGAAAUGUGGAACACCCGAGGCUUGGAUUCGCGACCGGAUAGUUUGAAGUCCAACGCCUCUAACCACUUACCGUUGAUGUAAGAUUUGUUAGGGAAUAUAUAGCAAGGAAAACACUGCUCCAAACUAAUUCGUGCGCUAGACACAAAUGCUGCACCCAAUCCGUAUGGCGUACGCCGUCUACGUCGAAUUGUUACCGCGGAACAUUUUGGAUACUCCCUUCUGGCUGGAGUGGGUGGAACCUGUGCCACCUUUCUGAUGUCAGAUCCUGAUGGAGCAGAAAGCCGCAAACUACUCAGCUGCAUGACAUUCCCUUCCACGUGGGGAGAAACACUCUCGGUAUACAUAGUCAGCAUCCAAAUCUGAUUGGUGAAACUGACUAAAAAUGUCAAGGAGUCAAUUUGGACUACGCCCCAUCAAGCAAUAAUCCUUAUUGUUCCCUUGACGAUACUCCAUUCUGAAUCAUUACUCAUCACUCCGCUAGUGCCAGCAAGGACGCUAGGUUAAAAUCCACACCGUAGCGGGAUAAGCAUAUCCCAUGUACGAAUCUGUUAACGAAGUUCCCAAGAGGAUUCAGAUAGUUACUGUGCAGAAUUUUGAUUAGCAAGCCGGGAAAAUUUAGAAUUUAUUGUUUAUUGAUUAUCAAGCUGGGAAUUUAGAAUUGGUUUCGACUCAGGAACAACGUUAUCUCCACAAAUCCACAAGAAGUUCGCUCUGCCUUCGCACGAUAUCUACUUCGAAUAUCCCUAGAUUCUGCUACAGCAAAAGCCAACAAAAUCACAGCCAUGGCCCUAUCGUCAGCACACCACAACAGAACCACAGUUUCAGUCUACGACGACCACACAGGAGAGAACAGAUGAGUGCCGGGCAAGAUAAAUUGUAUCAUAAUUCAGGAACGUUCAGAGUCUCACGCCUACACAUAGUCAAACUUGAAUGUGUGGCCGGAUCUCGUCGAAUGAGCCGCAACUUGAGAGCUGGAGUUGCACACACACCGGAGGCAACCAGCAGGCGUCAGGUAAAGAAACCGACAGACCCGCUGCCACGGCAAGAAAUGUCUGGAGUCGUUUAUCGGGUCUGGUGCAUUUGCGGACAAAGCAACUACUUCGGAGAAACCGAAAGGCCGCUCCAAACGCGAAUGACCGAACACGCUGCAGCGGUGCGCAGAAAUGACGCCAGCUCUCACGCUGCGGCUGAUUCGACGAGAUCCGACCACACAUUCAAAUUUGAAAAGGCCAAAAUUCUCACUAGAGGUGAAAAUCGUGUGCUGCACGAGCUGCUUGAGUCAUGGUUCACUGGUCCCCAGUACAUUUACAAGGCAAGGAACUCCGCCUUCCAUACUCCGUGCUGAGACUUCGCCUAGGCGGAGUAAUUAGCCACACGGAGAGUGCACAAGUGAACACUGUUCCUAACGCCAGGGUUGAUGGGUCAGAUGGUCGAGCAAUCCUUACAACAAACAUCCAACACACGUGAUGAAAGUGCAGUACUGAACAACGCGAAUGUCGGCCAUCAAACAGUCAUCACACCAAAUGCAACGAUCGCUGAUGAAGGGAGGAGCCGUGAAUAUUCAUAGGUAUGCGGUAGCAUGGCGACUGCAUCCUAUAAAUAUUGCAGCCCCUUGUGCAUGAACUACCCGUAUUUGCUAUUGUCUUUGAUGAUGGGUUCGAGCAGGAAAUCGAAACUUCAGACUAAUAAAGCUCUUGUCCCAGCGAUCAUGUCUCCUUCUUAACGAAAUUAAUCCUCUUCAGGCGUUCUCGACUGAAGCAUUGAAAAAGGAGGUGCCCCUUCAGCGGACUCUUCACCUGCCGAAGGGAUUAAACGCUGCCAACUAGUCGUAGAAUUGGGAACGCGACGAACCAAUAGAGGAUAGAACAUUGUGAUCUACAAAGACCAAUUAGUAGAGAAUGCCGUUCGUCCUUCGUCUGGAUUCAGCUGGUCCCAUUGCCCACACAGCUUCACCAAUAGACAGUGUCAGGUUUGUAAAUAGGUCUCGCAUAUACUCCAAGCUCACAUUCAUGCAUACUAACGCGUAAAGUAUACUCGUCAGAAUUGAACGAAAUCUGAUUCCAAAUUUGUGACCUCUCCACAGACGUCGUCUCAAUAACAAAAAGAAGUAAUGUCUGGAAAGGUUGACCAACAGGAGCUCCUACUGCCCGAAUUCGAGCUGUUCGGUUGAGGCAGAAAGAACUGAAUGGGUGGAGGCAUAGUUACGGAUGUAAAGAAUGUCCUGCGUGAUUCAGUGAACACUUUCAGGCUGAAUUGUAACAUGCAGGCAGGGAGCUCUGAAAGCUUCGGCGUUUUAACGGUGUAUUGACCUCAGAGAAGUCACUUGAGAAUCUUAGUCACUGAGGUUGGUUUGUAGAGGCUAGCCUUACGUGAUUCCUCAAAGUGCACCCAUUCAAAAUAGAUGAAACAGAAUCUUUGUCAGAUCUUGCACAAAACAUAAAUUCGGUAGGGGCUUAAAAACUAAGUCGAGUUUAGCCUUAAUGGUUCAAUGCAAUGGCGGCGGAGAUCUUCCAAGUUUAACCAUUUGGGUUAGCACCAGUCAGCAUGAUUUUUUAGAGUCCUUUCUACUACAGUCUACUACAAGCAUUCCCGCUGACAUCAUAGACAGGUGGGUGUGUCGAGCCCAUCCUCCGGCUACUCGUGGCCAACGUUACGGAUGCUAUCUGGUAAGAAGUACACCCAACUGCGUUAUGCGUUUGCCAUAACACUGGAUCCUCCAUGAGCCAAGUGUAUGUGCUCGAGGCCAGACGAGGCGUGUGGUUGCGUUAAAUUUUUGUCAAUUGGUAGCCACGGUCAUUAGUAGCCACGAUCAUUCGACUGGGUCAUGGAAGAGGAGCAAAGGCAUCAGAUUGACAUCGAGUAAUCAAUUCAAUGCCAAGGGUCCCUCACCGGCCAUUGGCCAUCCAAAACAUUGACCCAGGAUCACAGAGCGCAUCGGUGUUUCGGACGUCAUUGCACAGAUCAUUGCACUUAAACUAGGGCAAGGUUCGGAAACUCGGUCCCGCCAGGAAAUGGGCAAGCCCAGGCGAGUCCUAUACGGAAACCGCGGGAAAACGGGAGCUGCGAGAAAACAGUGCAGAAUGCGCAAAAACUAGGCGAAAAGAGAGAUGUUAUCGGCGAAUAUGAUAGUUUGUUUUAGUGAGUAGUAAAUCUCAGCGCACGUAGCGCACAGUACAAAAAUUCACUAGAGGUAGCCAGUUAAAAAUACCCCAUGAAGAAUAAGGGUGAUUGACCCGUCAAUGCCACUGAGACCGGACAGAUAACGAUUGUGACCAAUCAGAUAUAAAUCGCAGAUUUAAGUUGUAGGGAGUGCGUGCAGAAUACCUCCGUAACCCUAAGCACUAAAUCUAAACCCUAGCACUAAAGUCAACCUUAAACACUAACCCCAAACCCACACACUAAAGACGAACACCACACAGCUUCUGAGUUUUCACAGCAACCAUCCGGUGGCUCACAAACGAAGCUGUGUGAAGACGCUCUUCAAACGGAUCCAAAGUCAUUGCAGCAAACCGGAGGACAGAGCACGUGAGGCCCGUUAUCUCCGCGACCAGUUUGUUCAGAAUGGCUAUCCGAGGGCAUUCAUAAGUCGCUGCCUACGCGGUCGCCACCAGAGAACUCGAACAUCAACGCCACCGACGAUAUGGCAUUCUCUGCCAUACAUCAAGGGUGUUUCAGAAGCGACCGAGCGCAUAGCUGCGGAGCUAGGUGUUGGAAUUGCACACCGCCCCAAAGCCACCAUGCGCAGCGGGGUCAUGAAAAUUAAAGACCGGUUAAAACCUGAAGCGCAAUCUAGAGUAGUGUAUCGCAUUCCGUGUCAAAACUGUCCUUGUAAUUACACAGGACAGACUGGACGCAUGCUAGAAUCGCGCAUACGUGAACAUAAGCUGGCUGUGCGGCGAGGCGACGCAUUAUCACAAGCGGCCGCCCAUACCUACGAAAUGAGUCACGAGUUUGACUUCGCAGCCACCAAAAUAGUCGCCCACGCCGGAAACAAAACAGGCCGAGAAUUGAUUGAAGCAUGGGCCUCGGAUGAGAACUCGGUCAAUCGAUUUAUCGAUCUGGCGCCGGCGUACAGAGCCCUUCGUAGUCGCCUCCAGUCGUGCGACGUCGGUCGAUGA